CUUCCCGCAGACUCACCGGAAGCGCGGUCCCGACGCCCCGGGGAGAUCGGCCGGGCUGCUGGGUGACCUGGCUGCCUGGCCCGCCGAUCUGAGAACCCUCAAGCGGGAUCUUGCCCGCGGGGAAAGGUAGCUAGAGCCCGCAAACUGCCGCCGAAGCGCGAGCUGCGAGAGGAAGUGCCUCUCUGAUGACCAAUCAGCGGCGAGAAGCCGUUUUAACGACCCUCCCUCUCCCAGCCCUCGGUCCCCGCUCUCUGGUUCCGACCCCCUCCUACCCGCUUCGGCCCUUCCAGGACACCGUCGCCCGCCCGCGCUCUCGUCUCCGACCCCGACCUUUCUUGGCAGUAUGGCCAGCUCAGAGGCUGAAUGGGUAACAAUUGCCAAUAAUCUCCUUUUUAAAUGUCACAUACACCUGAGGAUACACGAACUUGAAGACUGUGAUGCUAAUGUCUUUAUUGCACUUUAUCAGUCCAUUUUGGGAGAAAAGGUACCAGACCUCAUAGUUAUUUCCAGGAGUCAAGAAGACGAUGCCCACAAUGUACAAGCAGUGAUUGAUUCACUAGCUUUGGAUUACCUUCAGGUCAGCUUGUCUCACAUAACAGGAGAAAACAUAGUGAAAGGGGAUAAAGAAUCUAUCAAGAAUCUCCUAGAAAUAUUUGAUGGAUUAUUGGAGUAUCUGACAGAACACAUCAGUGAAACGUCUCACAAUAAAAGUGAAACUGAGCAGUAUUUUCAAGACUCUCAUGGAGAGGAACCCGUGGAUGAGCUAGAGAGUAUCAAGGAGUCCAAGUCAUCAUGGAAAAGAGUUUCUUUUGGGAGGUGUUCCUUCUCAUCUGAUGCGUUGGGGCCCACCUGGGAUGGAGAUGAUGCUGAAUCCACAGGUGAAAUAAUUAGGCUUGGAGACACUGCACACACCUUUUCCCUAAGAAGUAACGGUGCUCAAAGUUCCAUGGACUUGCAGUCUAGAAAAGUUUCAACAUCACCAGACUCUGAACCAUGUGAGGAAGUGUUGAACCCCAUCUCAUCGAGUUUCUUAUCCAAGAACGGGACAACUUUUGAAGCUGCAGAAACUCCUCCUGUGAGUAUGGUUACAAGUGCCAGAAAAUUAGGUGAGCCAAUCCGAGCUGCCAUCCCCUUACACCCUCCCUACCAUCCUUCUGAGCCUCGAGCACCUUGUCCCAUAGGGAAGGAAUACCUCCGUUCAAGUCUCUACUCGUCUGCCCUGACUUCUGGAGAGCAUUCGGCACUUUCUGUGGAAUCAAAGGAUAAAGCUGUCUUAACUUCCACAUUAUCUAAAGAUGAUGAACAGGAAUCAUGUCUAGCUCUGACUCCAAGCCCCAGGACAAAGAAGCUUCCUAAAGGGAAAAGAAAUGAGAACAGAGCUGUGGUCUCCUCACAGUAUUCGCCCUUCCCUCAGAAGGCCAGGACACGGCUGACAGAACAAGAGCUGCACGCGGUGUCAGAGAAGCUGUCUCAGCGGCUCUCUGAGCUAGACUGGAUGUUAAAAACUGCCCUGGGUGAUCGAGCGACAGACAAGACUGAUGGUAAAGAUGGUGACACUGGAGAUGAAGAGGUGCACAGUGGAUAUGAGGAGAUACUGUCGCAGCAUAGUGACAGCAUCAUGGAGUAUGGACCGAAGAAGCCUAGGCCAGGAUUUUCCAUGUACAGAAAGGCAGCUUACAGGUCCCAUUCACUGUCCCCAUCUUCAGUAAACAAACAUAAACAAUUAGAGAAAGAGAGAAAGAAGCAGCACAGGUCUAAAGGAACAGAGACCCGCCGAUUCCAAGCAAAGGCACUAACUGAAGCAUUUGAAAGGGAACUAAGAAAAAAUAAAGUUCAAGAGAACAUUGGACUUCGAGGGAUAAGUGAUGAUGAAGAGGAGGAGGAAACAGAAAAAACACACAGAGAAGCCAUUUCUAAAGGAACUCCAAAACAGAGUCAGGUCCAGAAGAUUUACUCCAGAAAAACUGCAGCUCCAAGUCCAAAAGCUGGUUUUCUGAAGUCAAGCAAGGCAUCUCCGAUGAAAGUGAAUGAACACAGCCUUCUGCCCCUGAUGCUGGAACAGUUUCCAUUUCUCUGUGUUUCUGACCCAACGCUCACCAAAAUGUGGAAGCAGCAAAUCACACAGGUUGAACAACUCAAAAGAGAAGCACAGAGAGAAAACCGAUCCAAGAAGAAACUCCAGGAUGAAAUAGAAGAAGCCCUGAGAAGGCAUGACCUCCUUACUGCCCUUGUCAAGAAGGAAUAUGACCAUAACAAGAGAUUGCAAGACUUCAGGGACCGAAUUCAUAGACAAAGGUUGACCCAAUCAAAGAUAAAAGAAAAUCGUCAGCAAAUUGUUCGUGCUCGAAAAUACUAUGAUGAUUACAGAGUUCAGUUACGUGCAAAAAUGAUGAGGAUGAGAACCCGGGAAGAAAUGAUCUUUAAGAAACUGUUUGAAGAGGGUUUACAAAUUCAGAAGCAAAGACUACGAGACCUAAGAAACUACGCCAAAGAGAAACGCAACGAAGAAAAGAGACAGCACCAGAAUGAGCUGGAUUCGAUGGAAAACUACUAUAAGGACCAGUUUUCAUUGCUGGCAGAAGCCAUAUCACAGGAGCGUCAGGAACUCAAAGCCAGAGAGAAAUUUCAGGCUCAGACGUUGCAUAAAGUGAAGAGGGAGCUGAGAGCUAAGAUGGAGAAGGAGAUCCAGCAGCUGCAGUGCAUGAUAACCCAGAAUGACGACGAUGCUUUCUUUCGGGAACUAGAAGCGGAGCGCUUCAGAGCUCGGCUGCAAAUGGCUUCCUUCCAGUACAGUAAAAAUCCUUCCCCAAGAGGCCAAACGUCAUAGGUGAAGUUUCUAGAGUCCCUAAUAAUAUGGACAAAACUAGACCUGAGCCAGUAAACUGUCUAAACCAGAAUUACUUUUUAAAUGCGUUAUCUAUGUAUUCAUGCUAAAACUUACCAUUUUUUUAAAAUAAAAACUAUUUUUUUAAAGCUUA